AUGUCCAUGGCGUUCAAACAGUUGGCGAAUAAGUUGGACGUCGCCGUUGUUUAUGGCCUCGAGCAGUACAAUGUCAAUGUCUGGUACGAACGAAAGACAUGGCCAUUGGAGAUGGCUGUACUUGUCUCUGUUCAUGUUGAGCAGUUCGAGAAGUCUCUUGGUGCAACCAAAUCGAGCCAACAACUUUGGUGA